CACUUUUCAUACAUUAUUAUUAUUGUGUACAUUGAUAUAAUACAAAAAAAAAGAUAAAAGGGAAAUGAAAUAUUAAUUGAAGAGAGAGAUAACUCCAUAAAUAUAUCAAUAACUAUUUUUCUUUUUGUAAAAAUAUUGUCCACCUUGGCAAUUUGUGAACUCUCCAAGUGCUUAGGUGGCAAACAAUUACUUUUGAAUUGCCAUAAUAUUAUGUAUAGAUAGAUAGAUAGAUAGAUUACAAUGGAUAUUUGUAAUUGUGUCAGCAAUAAUUACAAGGAAAAAUAAUUUUUAAUGGAAAUGUUCCUUCUACUCCUUUUCAAUGGAAAAUAUAACUUUUAAAGGUUAAGGUUGAAAAAAGAGACAAUAGUAUUGAAUUAACAAUUUCAACAAUACAAAAAUUUAUUUUGAACAAUCUCGAUCACAUCAAAUAAACAAUACAUAUAUUGUCUAUAAAUAAAAAUUAGGAAAAUAAUAAAUUAUAAACAAUAGAGUAUUUUAACAAUCUCACUUGGGCGGUUCAUAAACGGAUCCAAUACUUGGGGCCAGCACUACUUUGACAAUAUCGAGCUCAGGUGGAAGAAUAGCGGGCUGCCACAGAGCCUCUUGCCUUGCAUCAGGGAACCCGUAAUCUCACUCACCAGGGUCGGCAAGCUGCGCUGGGCGCACAAUCCGGCCGCGACGGGGAGUGCCCUCCGGGUGGGGUACUAGUCCGGGUGGAUGCAGCAUGGAGACAAGGAGCAGGAAGUGGUAUUGGCUUUGCGGGCUUUUCGAUGAAUGGUGCCUUGCUAUUCGCGUUUGGCAAACACUUUCCAGGUAUCGAUGAUCCUUUCCUUAUGGAAUUGUUAGCACUUCGUGAUGCAAUAAAUUGGUGUCUGAUGCAUGGUUUCCUGAUUGCGAAUUUCUGCGGGGAUUGCGAAACAUUGGUGCGAGCUGUGCGGGAAAGGGAUGCGGCGCAUAGUCGGGGCGGUGCAAUUUUGGAGGAGAUACGAGUGGCGAUGUCUUCGUUCUCCGUGUUUUCUUGUACUUUUACUCCUCGCAGGUUUAACAGGACUAUCCAUUUAGUGGCACAACAAGCCCUUUUAUCGACAGUUCGACUAUUGGUCGACUGGCGCGUUUGGUUGUGUGAUGUUCUCUAACUAUUUAUUUUCAUCUAUCUAUGAAAAAAAACAAUCUCACUUAAACUAAUUGCAGUUUUGGUUAUAAACAACUACAAGCCCUCUCAUAUUCACAAAAUUUGAUUUUUUCUUGACAUAAUGAAGGAUGAUUAUACAGCUAGACCAACCAAGUUAUCAUUGGUCACCACAAAAAUUAAAGUGAGCUAAUGGGCCCAAGUUGGGGGAGGCUUUUAUCCUGGAACAUCGAGCCCACAGCCCAAGCCUCAAAUGCUUCGCCCGCUAAAACCUGAUUUGAGCACUGCGUUUCGCUCCCUAAUGAACGGGGCCGUCUUUCCGAAACUCAGCGUCGAGAGAGAGAGAGAGCAGACUCCAUCGGCGACCAGCAUGGAACCGGAGGAGGUGACUUCGUCGGCGGCGAGGCGGCGUCUGUCCUGCACCAAGCACUUUGACGCCCUCUGGUUCUGCUAUUCCCCAGUUCAUCAGAUGCAGCAGUAUUAUCGGCUUGGAGUGCUCGACAAUUGCUCGGGGAAAUGGAGCGCUCUCUAUGACUGCUUGACUCUCAAGACCAAGAGGUCUUCCGAAAUCGAGGAUAUUCUCAAUACCCGUGAGAAAGCCAAGACUCAUAUCUGGACUUUCCGGAGCAAGGAGGAAGCAUCAGCCUACUGGACAGAGCAAUACGGGGAUAUGGAUGAAGUUGAAUGAAAGUUGCUCUUUUUGUUGUUGGUUUUUUUCCUGCCAGAUGUAGGGACCCAGGAACGAUUUCUGCCUUCUCGGCUGAUGGUCUCUCUCUGCUACUGCUAGUAGAUUGAGCCCUGAUGUCUGCUGUCCUGGUACGUAGUCCUGAUCAAAACCUCGAGUUGAUUGGCGCGUAGGUGACAUGUCUUUUUUUAGGUUUAAUCCAGUUAAGUAUACGAUAAAAGCGAUGCUAUUCUUUUAGCAUGUAUCGUGAAUGCAUAAAUCGAUAUUUGGUCGAUCACAGUAAGUUGCGUCGUUGGUAAUUAGGAUUCGACGAGUUAUGCUCACAAUUGUGCCAUUCAAACUGGAAAGAGCUUUGAGAACAUUCUGCUCUUGCCCAUUAUGUUAAAAUCUCAAAUAAAAUCACCAUAUAUGACCUUUGCUGACAGUGAAAGCUUCUGAACAAUGCAUUGGUCUCACGUACAAAAACGAAGACCUCUAGGCCAGCACCAGCUAUUAGUUGAUUAAUUCCAACAUGAAUUAAUUUGUAUAGGAGAAAUUAAUCAAAGCCAGUAAUCCCACAGUACUUUGCUAGUACUGCUUGAAGAGUUCUCGACCGAUGAUCAUUCGUCUAAUCUCGGUAGUCCCUGCACCAAUCUCGUACAACUUGGCAUCUCGAAGAAAACGUCCGGUUGGAUUUUCAUUGAUGUAUCCAUUGCCACCCAGACAUUGUAUUGCCUGCAUACAGAAAACCAGUCCAUUUCACAGCACAUAUCAGGUACUAUACAUAAACCACUUGCACGAGUUGAAUCAAACUAACGAUGUUACCGCGUUCAUUAGGGCAUCGACAAAAAUCGAGUUCUGUGCAGUGGAUCACUUAGGUACCUACCUGCAAGGCGACCUGUGUAGCUCGUUCCGAAGCAUUAAGCAAGAUUGCAGCACAGUCCUGGAAACGCAUAGGUAAGUACCAAGUUAACCAAACUGAUCUAACUUAAUUGCAAAAGGUAAAGAGUCUGAAACUGACCUUUGAGUCCACUCUUCCAUUGUCACAGUCCCUUGCAACAGAGUAUGCAUAAGCCCUAACGACCAUAUCGAAACCAAGAUCGAGAAGGGUUUAGAACAAAGUACAAUCGAAUGCUCUGCUACGUAUAGUUGCUAGCUAGCUCUAGUCGAGAAACCAUGAUCGUCAUGUAUAUAUAUAUAUACCUUGACGAUUGCAGGGAAGUAUACAUGUCAGCAACCUUCCCCUGUAUGAACUGAAACUCCCCAAUUGGCCGCCCAAACUGUUCUCUCUGCCGAACGUAAGGAAGAACGGUGUCGAGACACGCCUGCAUGAUCCCAAUUGGUGCACCCGAAAACACGAGCCUCUCGAAGUUGAGCCCUGCCAUCAUCACGUAAACCCCUGCAGCCAACAAGACGAAGAAACGGAAAUUAGUAUA